GGAACACUCAGGAGGGAAGCAGCAGCCUUUAUCGGAAGAUCUGACUGAUAACUUUCUUAUCCAGGUUUAAUUUGGCUUCUAUUUUUUGACAGCUCGCUGGAUGAGAUGCAUUGCCUGAGCAGGAAGCCCAGGUCAUAUCUGCUGAACUCCUACAGUGAUUUUCAGGAGACUGAUGAGAUUACCAGAGAAUCAUACGAGGCCACCUGGUUAGACCUACUGAUGGAGACGAGACCAGAAUACAAGAGGACACUUGUCGAGAAGGACUCAAUGAGAAAGGAGAGCUAUGAAAGCAAGCAGGUGGUCCAUUUCACAGUGAGACGAUUCCUAAACCAAACCAUUCACAUGGGCAGAGAGGGGGAGUCACUGCAGGAAUAUCAUCUGCCUUACAGAAACAUUCUUCCAAUACCAAUAUUUGUGCCCAGAGAUGUCACACAGCCUGACGUUACCCGUGAGCCUUCUCCCCCCAGAAUAAAAUCCACCAUGGACACCGAGACUAGUUUAAACGGUCUUUGCCUUCAGAAGAGAGAGGUCUCGUCCAUCACCGACCAUAAGCCAAUGGUAAUCCAACCCAGGAGUCCAGACUUCAGAGCGUCCAGCCUCAUCUCUCCCCCACGAGACACACUGGGCAUCCAGAGACGAGAGUGAUGAGCUGAUGAAAGCUGUCUGCUAUCAUGGACACGGAUACAUUGACAAGUAUGCUGUGUGACCUCAUGCAUACUUAAAUACCAAAGCCUUCAAGAGACCUACAUGCUCGCGAUGUGUUAUCAUCUGAGACUGAGAAACCUUAUCUAAGGAAGAUACUACAAAAAAGUUUUGUUUAAGCAUGAAAUUAAUGCUUAAUUAAUGCUAUUUAACCAUAUGUUUUAUCAUUUGAAACAUUGUGCUUCAUGUAUUUAUUUACAAUAAAUGCCACUGUGUUUGUUAAUACAAUAACAGGAUUCAAUUUCUAAAUGUGGUUUAAGUGUCCAAAUCCUUAAUAUUUAGUAAUGGUAUAUAUAUAUAUAUA